AGAGAGGAUGAAGAUUGGAGUGCGGGGGCAUGGUGCAUAUAAACGGAGCCAAAAGCUGGCUGCCUGUUGCGAGGUUGACCUGAGCUAAAAGCGCACUUACGACAGAAGCGCAGAGCAGAAGCUGAGAGUGCAGAAGAGCAACUGAAUCCGCUGGCCUGGGCUGUGGGGCCAGCGAGCGUUGACGGGGAGGCCUGACGAUCAAAGCGCCGCAUCUCGGUCUAUUUUCGGGAAUCCAACUCUCCUCGGUGGGCCUGGAGCUGCUUUUUGAUCCGGAGCGCCACAUCCUCGACCCCACUGGGAGAUUCCAACUAUUCUGGUGAGGUAGUAAAGUGUCGGAAGUGCGGAAACAUGCCGCAUCACGUGAGCUGCGGCGACUGGUCCUUUGCUCUUGCAACCUCCAAGCGCUUUCCAGUUCAUUCUCGUCGCUGUUGCUCGAAUCGUUGGCUGGAAAACCAUCCUUCGUACGGUCCCGCUCGUCGGGACCAUCCAUGCUCCAUGAAGUUCGCUUUCUGUGCUAAAAUUACAUCAUCCUCCCCAAAUCUCGGCACCCCCGAGGUCCAUCCCAUGGACAAUCUGGCAGGCCACUCGCUGCUUUCCUUCCCGAGCCGAAGGAGUCUGCACAUUCACAGCCUAUAAGAACUGACAGAAUCAUGAAGUUAUCCCAAACACUAGCCUCGUUCUCUCAACAUCUCUUCCACAGUCUGGAACUCUUUGCAGACAUUUGGACACUCUCGAGCUUCUCCUGCAAAGAAAGUACAGAUUCCCGGUGUGAAGAUCAAUCAAUUCCCUUUCAUUGCAUGCUCUAGUCUAAAUCUGUGCUAUUUUGACUCCCCGAGCUGAAAUUGGAGCUCUGAGCUUUCUACGACUGCAAUCAUGGCAACGGUGGGAAAAUCGAUUGUUGCCGGAGCGCUCGUGCUGUUCGCUCUGCUGAGCUUCGUGGAGAGCACAGUCCUCUUCUCCUCACUGCAGAGGACAUUGGUUGUGGAUGCCGAGAUUCAGAAUCAAGUUCCCAUGAUGGGGAUCGCCAAAGCUGGGGAAGACCACUUGGUGAUCUCAUGGGCAUUGAACAGCACUCUCCAAGAGGGACUUCCCGGCCUCGAUGCAACUUACGAGACGGUGCAGUUGAAACUCUGCUACGCACCUGUGAGCCAAGUAGAACGAGGCUGGAGGAAGAAGAAUGAUGACCUCCACAAGGACAAGACCUGCACCAAGGGAAUCGCCAAGCAGAAGUACACUUCGGCCGGAAAUUCCACCAACUGGAGAAUCACCAAGGACGUCCCCGGCGCUGUGUACUUCGUCCGUGCGUACCUUUUGAACUCCAACGGGACACAAGUCGCUUACGGCCAGACCACCAACGCCGCCAGGACCACCAACUUGUUCACCGUCGUGCCCAUCUCCGGAAGGCACGCUUCUAUCGACGUCGCUGCUGCCAUCUUCUCUGCAUUCUCCAUCGGGUCGUUGGUCUUCUUCCUCGCUCUCGAGAACAUGAGAAGCAAGCGCUCGAACGGCAGCAAGUGAGAAGCGGAGCAGACGGCAGCUGUCUCGGCUGCGAGCUGACUUCUCAAUCAAUUCCACAGGAUUAGAAUGCGUCCCUGUGAUGGGACGCAUUCGAAAUUUAGAGCGGAGGUGGUCAACCGUUGCCAAUCUUUCUGGCGAUGAUCGAAUGGGCGAGUGAUGAUCAUUUCGAGCUUCCUGCAUCUCCUUGUAGGCGUGUCGAGUUUAAUGUCGACAUUUGAUUUAUUUCCACUUUUAGAGAAUGAGAACUGAGUGAUUGUAAUUAGUGUACCUGCCCUGAUGUCCCUCUCGUGCACCAGAGGAGUGGCUUUGACUGGAAACGAUGUUAAAAGCAUCAAAUUCAGCUCCUUUUCUUAGUCACAGUACAUAUUUGCAGUCGAUAGAUUAAACGUUCUCGUUCAAUAACAUGUAGAUUUCCCAUUCAUGAUGUGUACGUCACAAACUGAAAUUGAAUCAAAAUUGCUUCUAUCCGAUGGUAAAG